CCCAGCCAGAGUGGCUGCAGGUGAUGAGUGACUCUGAGGUGGAGAUCAGCUCAGAGCUGCACUGGACCUGUGUGGCCGCUGGCAAACCAAGACCCUCCAUACACUGGCUACGUAAUGGACAGCCCCUUAGCACACAGGUAUACACACACACGCAUGUAGACAUACACACUCACAAGCCCAUAUCUCUCAUUUCUCCCCUCCCUUAUGUGAUGUUUUUCCCCCUCCGUAUUAAUUUACCUAUGUCUCCCUCCAUCCCUUCCUCUAUCUCUCCAUCAUCUCUUCCUCCCUCUAUCUCUGCAUCCAUCCAUCACUCUGACAUCAGGACCGAGUGGAGGUCAACGGGGGUCGUCUGAAGAUCAUCAACCUGGCACUGGAGGAUUCUGGGAUGUAUCAGUGUGUGGCUGAAAACAAACACGGCACCAUCUACUCCAAUGCCGAACUGAGGGUGCAAGGUGAGAGGUCAGGGUUCAAGGGUUAAAACCAAACCCCAUAAACACUGCAGCCCAAGAGAAAUGCAACUUAACACCCGAGUUCUAACCUCUCUAUCCCCCUGUCCUUACCCCUGUGUUGUGGUCUCCAGUCCAGGCCCCAGACUUCCGCUCCAACCCAGUGAGGAGGUUGGUCCCAGCAGCCCGAGGGGGGCAGGUGAUGUUGGAGUGUCGGCCGCGAGCCGCCCCAAAACCCACCCUGUUCUGGAGCCGUGGCACUGAGCUCCUCACCAACAGCAGCAGGUACACACACAUACACAAACACACACCUGACCCUGAACCUCACUAUAACCUUGGAUUCAGACUUACUGAAGCUUGAUUCAGGAAGCCUCAACAGGUGUGGCGUGUGUGUGUGUGUGUGUGUGUGUGUGUGUGUGUGUGUGUGUAUGAAUAUGUACUUGUUACAUCUCCGGAGGGAAUUAAACAUAAAUGGCAGAAUAACUGGUAAAAUGGAGAUUAAAAGAGAAAUGUGAUCUGAAGGAAAAGUGUCUCAUGUUUUAGCUUCGAUUUUGUCCACUACUCCCACCUAACAACAAGUGCAAACUGCCACACAUAAAAAGCCCAAAUGAAUUUCCAAACAGUUGGGAUAAUAAAGAUUAAGUUUCCUGCUUCUUCUCCCAGGGUGACAGUGACUCCAGAUGGGAUCCUGUGGAUCCACAACAUCAGCAGGGCAGAUGAGGGGAAGUACACCUGCUUUGCUGAGAACUACUUGGGCAAGGCCAACAGCACUGGACACCUGUCAGUUAGAGGUACACACACACACACGGUACACACCAGGGACACAUGCAAAAACACACACACACACUUGCACAUGCACACACACGACAUGCACAUUCACACGCACGUGCACACACAAACACACACACUGGCCCACUGAAACACCUGUGUAGUUUUAAGACAGUCUCACUCCUCCCCUCCUCUCCUCCUUCGCUCUCUCCCCCUCUUUUCCCCAGAUGCCACUAAGAUCACCCUGGCUCCCUCCAACGCUGAUAUCAACCAGGAGGAGAAUGUCACGCUGCAGUGUCACGCGUCACAUGACCCCACCAUGGACCUCACCUUCACCUGGGCUCAUAACGGAGCUCUGCUGGACCUGGAGGACCCCGCUGGACCGUACCACCGUGUGGAGGGGGUGAGUUAGUCAGACCACAGUAGAACGUACCAUUGCAGGAAUGGGGGUGCGUCAUGAUGAAUAAGACAACAAAAAAUCCACAGGUUCACUUGGGGUUAUUUUCAAUCAAACAGUUUGAAAUUGAAUCAAACUGCUUAACUGUUUAUUUUAAAUCAAAAAUACAUUAGUAUGAUUUUUUUGUGUGAUUGGUAGGGUUAAUGAAAAUAAGAACCAUGAAGAAGGGUGUAUUUACAAAACAUUAGUCAGAUAUUAUAUGCGUCAUUGCAAUCUAAGCUGCACACCAUAUCAAGGAAACUUUCAAUUUGAUGUGCAGAGUCACACCCUACUGUUCAUGUCUUGCUAAUUAAACACUUCUAGGUUGAUGAUGUGACGUUGCCGUUUUCCAUGCCUCUGGGUUUACUGGGGAUUAGAGUUUAUAAUCCUGACCCAAACAAAUUACGGUCAGCACCAUGAUUACACUGUCACUGGAGUCGUCUUUAUAAUGGGAUAGACUUUCAAAGCAGAGUGUUGGAUAUAAUUGAAUUUCAUUUGAAUUAAAGUUACCUUGGGUACUGCUGUGAAACUGUGAUUAUAUGAAUACUGAAUACCUGACUUGUUUCUCUGUAUGAGACAGACCAUGUCUCCAAUUACUGAGUAUGUCUCUAAUUCUGAACAAUCUCUCUCUUUCUCUCUCUGUCUCUCUCUCUCUGUCUUUCUCUCCCCCCCCCCCCCCCCCCCCCCCCCCCCUCCAUCCCCUCUAUAUCUCUCUAACAGAAGGAGACCAUAGGGGAUCUGUUGAUAGUGAGUGGUCAGCUGAGUCAGGCAGGUACAUACAGCUGUACAGCUCAGACCGUGGUGGACAGCGCCUCAGCCUCCGCUAAACUGGUAGUCAGAGGUAAGACCUGAGAAUAUCACAACAACUAACCUGCCCUUUUUCUAUGAUGGUCAUCCUCAUGAAAUGUUUGUGUUACAGCAUUGCAGGAUUUCGAUUCUACAUUUUAUGAGGAUUUUUACUUAGUUACUUACUUGCGUAAUCCUCUUCAUCCCCAGGCCACAAUGAGCUCCGUCCACUACUUUCUGGGUGAGGAUUUGUAGUUGCUUGUAAAUGAAGGAAGUUGGAUAAAAGUCCUGACUAGGCAUUCUCCAACUGUCUCUCCUCAGGCCCCCCGGGACCUCCUGGUGGUUUAGUGGUGAAGAAUGUUGCCGAGACGUCGGUGGAGUUGCGGUGGAGUCGUGGCUAUGACAACCACAGCCCCAUCGGGAAGUAUGUCAUCAUGGGUCGCUCCCCACUGUCAUCUGGAUGGAGGACGAUGAGGACAGGUGAGAGGACCACCACUGUGUGUGUGUGCACACGUGUGUAUGAAUGUAUGUUUUUAUAUCAAUCAAUCAGUCCCUGACCUCUCCCCCUCCUGCUCUCCCCUCACAGACCCAUCUAACAUUGAAGGCAAUGCUGAAUUGGCUCGUGUGGUUGGCCUGUUGCCCUGGAUGGACUAUGAGUUCCAGGUCAUCGCCAGUAACAUCCUGGGUAGUGGAGAGCCUAGCAUGUCCUCUCACACUGUACGCACCCAGCAAGCAGCUCCCACAGUGGCCCCUAGUGGACUAGGUGGAGGAGGAGGAGACCGCAACGAACUCAUCAUCACCUGGACCGUAAGUGUGUCUGUCUGUCUGUCUGUCUGUCUGUCUGUGUAUGUGUGUGUGUACGUGUGUGUGUGUGUGUGUGUGUUUGUGCAUGUUAGAGAGAAAGUUAGAGAGUUUAGUCUUUGUCAAAGUUGACUUAAAGUUUUGUUUGAAUCUGAUCCCAGCCCAUGGCCAGAGAGUACCAGAAUGGAGAUGGCUUCGGCUACAUCCUGGCAUUCCGGAAGCGGAACUCUCCGACGUGGGUGGUGGAGCGUGUUUCUAAUGUGGAGUCAUCACGCUACGUGUACUCCAACCAGAGCCUGUCCCCCUACUGCCCAUUUGAGGUGAAGAUCAAAGCCUACAACCGUAAAGGAGAGGGUCCCUUCAGCCAGAUCGCCCUGGUGCACUCUGCAGAGGAGGGUGAGUCAGAACAGAUCGGGGGCAUACAGGAAGGAAGAGGAACAUUAUGCUGUUUUGCCACAAGAGGGCGAACAAAAACACAAAAAACAAAAUGAACUUACCAACCACAUUGUGUAAAUCCAUUGUUCAUUGUGUUUAUCGUACUUAUGUGUGUUGGAUAUUAUCCCCAACCCUAAUUUCACCCCUGACCUCUGACCCCUGCCCCUCCAUGCAGAGCCCACGGUGGCGCCCUCGAGGAUCAACGCCACGGCUCUGACGGCAUUCGAGAUGCAGGUGUCGUGGGACCCCGUCCAACACCUCAGCGCCAACGGCAUCCUCAGAGGUUACGAGGUUAAGGACCUGCACAACAUACACACGAACAUAUACAUAUACCAUUAAAUAUAUCUCACGAUAUACCCCGACAUGUGCAUUUACCCCAAACAAUGUGACAAGCAAUGGGCCCUGGUCUAAAGUAGUGCACUAUAAAGGGAAUAGCAUGCCAUUGGGGACGCAUCUCUAGACUUCUGGUUCAAACCAGUCUGAACCAGUCAGUACUGGUGUGGAGGUUAACUGAGGUAACAGCUAUGGUGCUAUUACCAUCCUGAGGUGACACUGCCCUGGAGUUGACCUCACCUCAUCUCCUCAGCCUUGAUGUCUUAUAUCCCCCUACUAAUAAGGGUUUUAUUCAUUUACUUGCUGUGCUGUUUGGUUGGGAUCAGCAUGUUUUUGUCCGUCGCCAGGCAGAUUAGGUCUAAUGGUUGGUUAUCAUGAUGGCCCUGAGGGGAAAAAAUGGGAGAGUCAGAGUGAGAGUCAUUAAUGUUAUGACAGGGCAGCUGGAGGAAACUUUGCUCUUUAAUCUGGUUAUUGUACGCAUUUGAAAGAAAACUGUUUAGAUAAGAAAGAUAUCAAAAUGCUUACAUUUUAGGGCCUUCAGGUGAUCUGUUCAUAUUUACCUCACAGUAUAUUGUGAGGAAGAAACCGUCAUAAUUAUUUGAUACUUUAUUUUUUUGGGAAAAAUGAACUAUUUUGCUGCAAACCUUUCCUAGGAUUAGGCCCCCAGUUUCUCACAGAGAUGUACUCUUGGUGGCAUCAGCACACUAAACAAAAUGUGUGUUUACAGAUCCGGUACUGGCGUCAGCAUGAGCGGGAGGCAGCUGCAGACCGUGUGCGUACAGCUGGGUUGGAGACAACGGCUCGUGUGGCAGGACUGAGACCCAGCACCCGGUACCAUGUUACCGUGCUGGCCUACAACAGCGCUGGCACAGGACCAGCCUCACCCAAAUCCACUGUCACUACCAGGAGACCACGUAUGUAGGACACACACAGUAUUGCCACCACCAACACACCGUACUGUAUGUAUGACAUAACAAACACACACACUCAAAUAUUAUUUCAGUCCCUUGGCCCCAACCCUCCUCCAGGAUCAUAUGUGACAUAACUGGGUUAGGCCAGUAGUGUAAGUAUGAGUUCUCCCCUGUGGGCUAAGAUGGAUUGUCCCUACCAGCUGAGAAUACCCCAGGGGGUCAAACACACAGUGUGUUUGGGAGGGGAGAUAACCACCAUGCACCUGACUACCGGUAUCUACUCGGCUUCAAGAAAGAUACCUCCCAAAAAUAUUUGUCCAUUGAUAUAGUUCCCUAAAUGUUUUGCAUGUCAGCUAUCAAGUUUUCAACAUAUGUAACUUUUAAAAUACAGAAAUACAGCCGGUAUGAUGCAUUUUGUUAUAUAUCUCGAAAACUUUAUCGCUGACAUGCAAAACAUUUUGGGACUAUAUCAACAAUGGACUGAUGAAACAAAUACCGAAAUAUAGUUUGUGGGUGGAAUUUUCCUUUAAGGGUGUAAAGGGAUUCUAGUGGGGGAUUUAGAUCCUGAUACAGAGGAUCUUCUCCUCUCUCUUCUCCUCUUCUCCUGGAGCUACACUCUUAGAAAAAAAGGAGCUAUCUAGAACCUAAUAUGGUUCUUCGGCUGUCCCCAUAGGAUAACCCUUUGAAGAACCCUUUUUGGUUACAGGUAGAACCAAAAAGGGUUCUCUCUGGAACCAAAAAGGGUUAUCCUAUGGGGACACCCGAAGAACCCUUUCGGAACCAUUAUUUAUAAGAGUGUAUUGUAGACACUCUGAUACCUUAACACCACUAACGUCAACAUAACACACACAUAAACCUAUGUUAAUAUAUUCUAUAUGAUAUCAUGCCUUUUAGUUUGCAGUUCGGUUACAGUUUGGAUUGUCACGUUUCUGUAUCUAUAAUAUGUGCGUGAGACCUUUGUAUUAUCAAGUUAUUAUUACGUUGCUAAGUUUAAUUCUUCAAUAACUUCCUGGUCAGGUCUUGGUCAGGUAACUCUAAUUUGUUGUCUGUUGUUCUUUUAUGUUUACAGCUCCUAAUCGUCCCCCUGGUAAUGUGUUCUGGAAAACUGAUGGCUCAUGGGUAACUGUAAGGUGGGAUCAUGUCAAGGCCCUAGACAAUGAAUCAGCUGUACUGGGCUACAAGGUGAGUGCUGUCUGUUUGAAGGAACGGUGUGUGUGCAGGUGGGUAUGUGUUUGUCAUAUUGCAAAUGCACUGUCAAAAUAUAUAAUAUAAUGUUAAGAUGUGUGAAGUGAAAGGGGAUAUGCGGCCAACAUUAUUCAUGUUGUUUGGAUAAGUCAUAAUGAGCUACUUCUGUAUAUAAUCAGAUUUUCAGAGUAAUAAAAAGGUCAUAAAAAAAUCUAAGAGCAUGGUACGGCAUAUCAUCAAUAGAUAACAUUAACAAUCAUUUAUUGCUUUUAUAAUGUGAUACUGUGCAAAACGAAAAAUGAAAAGAAAUAAAAACAUUAGUUAGUUAAACAAAAAUACUUAAACAAACAUUAAACAUAGGGGCAAAGGAAAAACAUGAAAUAACUGUAUUUCCUCUGUAGAGUUUGUCAGAAUCUGAAGUGAAGAUUUUCCUUCCCUCUCUCUUCUUUCAGGUGCUGUAUAAGCAUGAGGGCCAGUCUGCACUAAAGGUUCUGGACAAGGGGAAGACGUCUGUCACCCUGCCCCUACCCAAAGACAACAGCUAUGUGGUCCUGGAGAUACGCUCCUGGGGGGAGGGCGGAGACGGAGCCGCACACGAGACCAUUGUCUCCCGCGACUCAGGUAAGACAGACUGACUGGGUGCGUCCCAAUAAUAUCACUUUUUUCCUGAGGUGUACACUCGUUCACUACUUCUCACAAAUCUAAAAGCAUUGGAUUGGUGGAAGGAAGACUAAAAGGAAUUUCCACCAUAUGUAUAUACCAGUUAUUUCCUUUCAAAUCAGUGAAGGGAAGUGAACAAUUGCACAUUUGGGCGGAAAGAGAUAUAAUAGGAACAUAGCCACUGACACUGAGGUUUGAUGGAAAUGAGACUUCAGCACAACACAUUAUUACAGAGUCACACACCACAUAGCCCCAGAGCUUAUCCAGGCAAGGUUUUGUGUCAGGUUUAAGUUACAUCCCCACCUGGGACUUGCCUAGAAGCAACACCACUCCUGCUGUGACUAGAUCUCACUACAGCAGGAAAUAAAUCAAAUCCCACCUCCUGUCUGCACCGAGUCUGCCCCAACAGCUAGUGUGGCCCGUGGCUAACAGGAUUAGCUAGCUGUCACAAGCAUAAGUUUACAAGAGCAUAAGUGCUAAUUUGAACCAAGGGACUAAUUUGUAUUUUGUCUCAAGUUGCGGCUACACACGGCAGCUGCCUGUGAAGUUAGGUUGAUAGGCUGCUGAGGGAAGUUGAGGUUUGUCAGUGAGUGACAGGGUUUAGUGAGAGGCAGUGAGGGUUAAUGGGGGUUUGCCUCACUGGGCUCUGUAUUAGUGCACGCAGACAUGCACAUAUGGAUCUUUUUAAUUUGUCUUAAUUUUGCAGAAGCAGGAUUUGAACAUUUAAUCCAUAAUGUUGCUUGAUCGGUGGUUAGGCUAUUAGCUGGUCAAAACGAGGCUACAUGAAAAGUAGAAUACUGUUAAUAUAACCGUGUGUUAGUGCGGAAACAUCUCAGCAACAAAAGAGUGAUCAAAUUAAGAUCCUAAAUCUGUACUGUACACACGGAUGCGUCCGCACCUAACACACACACACACACGCGUACACACAUUAGUCCUUAAAUUCUACUUAAAGAUGCACUAUGCAGAAAUCGCUCCGUCAUUUCCUGGUUGCUAAAAUUCUAAUAGUUCGCCUAAUUUCAGUUUAUGUGACAAAACAAGCAAGUAUAGUGUAGAGAAUCAUUGUACCAUCGACACCGCUGUGAAAUAUAUUUUCCAUAACCAAAAAUAUUGUAUUUUCAGUUGUUUGAAGCUGGUGAGAAUUUUGCUGUCGCCCAAAAAGUUACAUAUUGCACAUUUUAGACCACAAAAGAGCUGUUUUAGCCAGUCAGAGAGACAGUUUUAAAUAUGAGUCAGUGUCAGUCAAUGGGGUUUUCCUUAGGAGCUGUCUGUCACUAUUCUGAGCCCCUAACUGUGACUCCUCAAAAAAGCAAAGGAGACAAGAAGGCAACUGUUGGGAUAAUACUGUACUAGAGCAUGUCUAAAAUUCUGACCCCCCACCCCGUCCCCCCACCCUCUAUCUCUUUCUCUUUCUCGCUCUCUCUCUUUCUCUCAAACAGGAACUGGAAUGAUGGUGCAGAAUCAAGCAAGAUCCCCAUGGUCCAAUCACGCUCCUCUCCUUCUCACCGCCACACUCUCCCUCACUCUCAUUGGCUUACUGGACCUG